UUUUAAUGGUGAAAGUUCAAGCACUACUUUUUCCUGUAGAAUGGUCCACUUAAGAUUUUUUAUCUAAUUAAAAUUUGGAAUUAUAUACUUAAAGGAUCUGGAAAAAUGGAUGGAUGGAGUGGAUUUACUAGAAAUACAUCAAGAUAGGGCCCAGAGUCAGGGACGCACCGUGUUCGUGUACGGCCGAGGCUGCACCUAAUCCUCUUCCAUUCCGAGUCUCUGGCAUUGACUUUGCCACCUCAAUCGACAUUCUCUCUCUUUCCAGAGUCCAAGAAAAAACAAAAACAAAAAAACAAAAAAACAAAAAAAAAAAAAAAAAAAAAACAGAGAGAGAAAGAGAUGCCAAAAUCAUCUUGAGAGAGAGAUUUCUAAUUCAAAAAUUAAGAAGAUUUAAAAAGAAGAAUCUGUCAUAGGCUGCAAAUCAAUGCAUUUUCAACCCAUUUCAAGAGAAGAGGUGCAUAAAAUGCUUAUUUUCAGAUGGUGAUGUGAUUUUUGAUGAUUUGAGUGUGAAAAUUUGGGCACUUUAAAUGACUACCAGGCAACAAAAUACUGAUUCCAGUGGCGCCCCUUCACAGCCGGUUUGCGAAGCCCAACCAGAAAAUAGUGAUUCCAACACCACCUCUUCACCGGGUCCAGUGAAAAGGCUGGAAGGUCUGUUAUCUAGACCAGGUAAUAGGUUCUGUGCGGAUUGCAACUCUCCAGAUCCGAAAUGGGUGGCAUUAAGCCAUGGAGUAUUUAUUUGUAUCAAGUGUUCUGGAGUUCACAGAAGCCUUGGAGUUCAUAUAUCAAAGGUUCUAUCAAUGAAGCUGGACGAAUGGACAGAGGACCAAGUUGAUUAUUUAGAAGACAUGGGUGGAAAUACAGCAGUAAAUAUGAGAUAUGAAGCCUUUGUUCCAGAAAAUUACAAGAAGCCAAGACCAGAAUCCUCUAUAGAGGACCGGUCUGAUUUCAUCAGGAGAAAAUAUGAGAUGGAACAAUUUUUGAACUCUAAUGUACAGAAUGUCGCCUCCCCAUCAUCUGCUUCGAGCUCUCCCGCCAGCAACUCGUCUGAAAAGAAACAUUAUGAGAAGCAGCACACCAGCAGCCGCCUUCACGGACUUGGUCAGGCAUUUCGCAACAGCUGGAGAAGAAAGGAUUCUGAGCAGAAAGCCGCAAAAAAGAACCUAACGAUGGGCAUGGUCGAAUUUGUUGGAUUGAUAAAGGUCAAUGUUGUCAAAGGCACCAACCUUGCAGUUCGGGAUGUGUUAACUAGUGAUCCUUAUGUCAUCCUCACAUUGGGACACCAAACAAUGAAAACGCGCGUAAUAAGGAGCAAUUUAAAUCCAAUCUGGAAUGAAAGGCUAAUGCUAUCGAUUCCGGACCCUAUCCCGCCUCUCAAGCAAGUUUAUGACAAGGACACAUUUUCCACAGACGAUCGCAUGGGAGAUGCAGAAAUCGACAUACAGCCCUUGGUCACAGCUGCCAAAGCAUAUGAGAACUCUAGCAUCAAUGAGUCCAUGCAGCUUGGGAAAUGGCUAGCUAGUGAUGACAAUACCCUAGUUAAAGACAGUAUAAUCACCCUUGUAGAUGGAAAGGUAAAGCAAGAGAUCAAUCUACGGCUGCAAAAUGUUGAGCGUGGACAGUUAGAGAUUGAACUUGAAUGUGUUCCACUCAGUCAAUAACAUGUUGGGAUAGAGAAAAAUGGAUCGGCAAUCAGCCUGUUUUGCCUUCUGUGAUGCUAAUUUUACAUUUGGCCUUACAUGUUCAACGGGGGAUUAGCCCCAUUUAUUUGGUUAUUUUGAUUGCAUUCAGCAGUACUCAUUGUGUAGCUCUAAUUAGUUGUAGAAAGGAAAUUUUACAUUUGAAAUAGAGAAGAUUAAAAAAAAACACGUAUCACUUUUUGAUGAGUAGCAAUUCACUAUCUAGUUAC